AUCACGGUUACACUAAAAACAAAACGACAUCUAAUCUUAACCUGGCACUAAAUCUCUUGGCUUUGCUUUCAUUCCCUCUACCUUAACUCUCCUUUUUUUCUACGCUUGUCUGUCUGUCUUGUCUUCCGACGACAUCAUCAUCACCGACCCCUCGCUGGUCGUUGUACCAUCCAUUUCAUCGUAUCCCGGAUUUUUUUUUCUUUCUCCCGCAGUCGCAGAUAAAAACAACAUUUGAUUGAACGAUUCGAUCUUGUACCUUCUUCCUCGGGUUAUGGUGACACAACCCCGUCCCAUGCCAAACAUGGUUUGAUCGCAAGAGAGCAUGUCCCUCGUCGAUAUCAGUAAUGUUGUCCUUUUGCUCAAUAAUCCGGCCCAGAGUAGCCAGGGCUCCGGGGCGAGCACGGUUAUCAGGAACCUAUCGGCCAGCUCAAAUCAAAUUGCCUACUCGUCACGGUUCUCAGAGAACUUGGUAACCCUGGCAUCGUCAUACGUUACCUCUUCCCAAAAUAUUCAGGGGCUUCUCUACGUCCCUGAUCUCAGCUCAAAAGACCCAUGCCAGAAGAAGGUUGCGUCUAUGGUGCCUUCGAAGGUUACCCGUCGGGCAAAUCUCCCAGCUGCAUCUUUUAACCUCGUUGGCCUCGCUCCGUGGAUUAGCACUGAAUGCACUCGGUCCUUCCUCGCGUCUGCGCGCGUGGAUCCCAUCCGUGCUUUCAUCUUCUACCGGGACACAAACAGCACCGAUGCACCGCCUCCUGCAGAUGAUGACCUUUGGGACCUGGAUGAGGACGACUCUUGGAAGCUUCAGAACAGGUUCCCCGUCUUUGCCGUUCCAGGUCGCGUUGGCGCCGAGAUGAUGACCCAACUCAGUCUUUACAGUGGUAACAUCACCAGUGUACCACUCGGCGACGAAAUCGCCGCCAUGUACGACCCGAGAGAGGAGGAUUUUGUGAGGAUAUGGACGACCAUGAAUGUUAACGUCGAUACAUCCUUCAACACUUUUUGGAUAUCGAUCCCUAUAUUUCUUGGCGUUUUGGUCGGAAUCGUUCUCGCAACUUCAAUUUUCUUACAAUGCGUUGCCCGUAAAAGACGCUCGAACUUGCGGAGACGAGUCCAAAUAGGCGAAGUUAACCUCGAAGCACUGGGAAUCAAGCGGGUCAAGGUACCGCUCAAUCAUGUGCAGAACUUCCCUGUAUUCACAUACGCAAACCAUUACGAUAACCCACCGCCAGGAUCACCUACCACCGUCUCUGCGCCGUCAACAACAGAGCAAGCACCGUCGUCCACGGCCCAGGAUUUGAGCAAUCUCAGUGAUCAACCCGAGUGCCUCAUCUGCCUGCAGCCUUAUGUCGACCGAGAAACAAUCAUCCGCGAACUCCCCUGUGGACACAUAUUCCAUCCUGACUGCAUAGACGAGUUCUUAUCCCAGUUCAGCUCCCUGUGCCCUCACUGUAAAACGUGCAUGCUACCCAAGGGCUACUCCCCACGCAUCACAAACAACAUGGUGCGCCGUGAGAUCGCGACGAGGAAGCUGCGUGAGCGCAUAGUCGUCAGUGACGAUGAGGAACGUGAUAUUGGCGGCAGCACCGACAAAAAGAUGGGGCUCAGUUGGGGUAGCGCACGGAAGAAACACGCACCUCGCACACAACCAACUGAUCACGACAGGGAAACAACGCAACCUGACGAUAUUGUGGAUGUUGAAGGGAGAGCAAGUCCCGGGACCAGGACGCGGCGAAGGAUGAGGGAGCUCGCGGGACCAGAUAUCGAGGGAGGCCUACCCAACAGUCAGGCUAACCAAUCGAUAUGGCAAAAAACCAAGGGCACCAUAUUCCCACAGUUCAAGUGAUGAUCUCGGAUUGGCUCAGGGGACACUAACGAUAUCUUGUUUUUCUUUUUUUUUUCUUGACGACGUGAUUAACGACACAUUACAUAUACCCGCUUAUAGAAAGCACUCGGAUGACUAUUUUCUUUUAUGAACUUUAUAAUACCCAACAGAAAUAUGAAGGCUUUAAAGUGCCUAGGCAGAUAUUUUGUACAGAUGAC